UGUAUCGACGUGUAAUGAUUGUAUCCGCCAUUUUGAGAGACAUUUAGGCCAUUGUCUCGGAGUAAAUAGAAAUCGCAGAGAGAUUCAAUUAAAAUAUAAUGUCGAAACUAGAGCAAGUACUACAGAUUGAUCCAGCUCAUGAGUUGCAUUUUAAAGGUCCAUUUACUGAAGUGGUUUCAUCAACCAUAAAACUUCACAAUCCGACAGACAAGAAAGUAUGUUUUAAAGUAAAAACUACAGCACCAAAGAAGUACUGUGUGCGACCUAACAGUGGAAUUGUUGACCCAGAGAUGACUGUCUCUGUAGCUGUGAUGUUACAACCUCAUGAUUUUGAUGCUAAGGAAAAGUCAAAACACAAGUUCAUGGUGCAGUCGAUGAUUGCUGUUGGUAAUACAGAAAACCUGGAGAACAUAUGGAAAGAGGCAAGUCCAGAUCAAAUAAUGGACUCGAAACUAAAGUGUGUUUUUGAUUUGGUGGAUGAAAAGAGCGCAGAGAUUCCAUCAGUUAAAAAACCGAUUGAGAAAAAAGAGAUACCUACAAGUAACGAACCCGCCCCAGCAGAAUCACAUGAACCACAGAGUAAUAUAACGAGACAGCCAGAUAUAGAAAAACCAGCAUCAUCAAAUACGAACGAUAAAAACACAGAAUCCGGAAAUUUGAGGUUAAGAGGAGAAAAUAAAGUUUCAAAGGAUGAAGGGAUUCGUUCAAAACCCAUAACAACAACUCCUCCAGCAGAAGUACUUCAGUUGUUACAACCCGCUGACUCUGAGAACCAGUUCCCGCCUGUUGUCUACCUAAUCCUUGCACUCAUACUUGGGAUUAUCAUAGGAAAAUUUCUUUUGUAAAAUAUUAGAAUGACGAAAGGACGAUAUUUGAACUUAUGUUAUAUAAGAACACCAAAUGAAAUGACUUAAUAGGAACUCUCUGAAAAGCAAAUUUCUCCAUCAAAUGAUAAAUAUUAAAAUCAGUAUGAUUUUGUCCAUGCAAUUAAGGAAGUUGGCAAUAAUGCCCCCCUUCUCACUCUUAAAACAAUAUCUAAAACUAGGAAAAUUUAACGGUACAGCUGAAAAAAGCAUCCAAAAGUUAGUAAAAUUGAAAUAUUUGUUUGCGAAAUAUUGGAAAAUGUGGAAGUUGACAAAUUUUGUAUAAUUUGGUAUUUUGCGCGAAAAAGUACAAUGCUUUUUGUUAGGACAAGUGACGGCUUUACCAACCGGGAAUUAUGAAAAAAUCCCCAAAAAAAUUUGAGUGGGGAAAUUUUUAUUGCUAAUUUCCUUGGGUGGCAAAUAUUGCAUGGUGUUUGAGCUUAUUCCCUUUAUUAGCUUCUAAUUGUAUUCAUGUGAAAAAGCGUAUGAAUUAUUAUGUUGAAAUCUGUAUAAGUACGUAAGUUAAGGCCGUGUUACACGAUGCAAUUUUAGUUCUGGCAACUUUCAAUGGAAUUAUACUUUUAGGAGAUGUAAAUUCGUGAAGAGUCUUCAAAUUUUAGUGUAAAAAACGUCUAUGG